AUGGCCACAGAAGCGUCGCCUCCAGCGUCCACACGAGCGUCCCCACGGCCCACAGGCCAAAGAUACUGGACCACACGGCGCGACGGCGAGGUGCGCCUGCACCAUGAGAAGAGCUCCCUGGCCAACAGCACGCCCAUCACCGUGCACGAAAUGGUCAGGAGCACGGCCAUGCAGUACGCCAACUACAUCGCGCUCGGCUCCAAGCACGGGAACAGCUGGCACCUGCUCACCUACAUCGAGUACUACGAGCAGUGCCGGCGGGCCGCCAAGGCCUUCCUCAAGCUGGGCCUGGAGCGUUUCCACGGUGUGGGGAUCAUGGGGUUCAACUCAGAGGAAUGGGCCAUCUCCAGCAUUGGCGCCAUCUUGGCUGGAGGCUUCUCUGUUGGCAUCUUGUCCACCAACUCCCCCAAAACCUGCCAGGUCAUCGCCGAAAGCUCAGCGAUGGACAUCGUGGUGGUGGAUAGUGACAGGCAGCUGCAAAAAAUCAUUCAGAUACAGGGCUACUUGAAGUGCCUCAAAGCCAUUGUCCAGUACAAGGAUGAGAUUCGGAGCCCGCUGGAGAACCUGUAUUCUUGGAAAGAGUUCUUGGAUCUGGCGGACAGCAUCUCGGAUGACACCCUGGACCGGAUCAUCGACUCCCAGAAGCCCAACCAGUGUUGUGCCGUGUUCUACAACAUGCUGACCACGGGCCCCCCGAAGGCCAUCAUGAUCAGCCAUGACAACACAGAAAGGCCCCCAGGUGACAGCUCAGAUGCCUUGCAGAUCACCUGGACCACGGCUGCCACUGUCCAGAGCCUGUCCUAUAAGUGCCCCCCCGAGGAGCAGGAGGUCCUGGUGAGCUACCUCCCUCUCAGCUACAUGGGGGCCCAGAUCUUUGACAUGUGGAUCUCCAUCUCCGUGGCUGGGGCACUCUAUUUUGCUCAGCCAGAUGCUCUAAGGGGCUCCCUGCUGGACACUCUGCGGGAAGUGAAGCCCACCUCAUUCCAUGGCGUCCCAUGGGUCUGGGACCGGCUGCUGGACCACCUGAAGACGAGCCAACUCUCCUCCACCCCGUUCCGGAAGAAGAUCAACCAGUGGGCCAUGCAGCUGGGACUCAGGACCGCCAAGAGACAUAUACUCAAGCAGCUGACCUUUAACCUGGCCAAGAAGCUGAGCUUUGACCAGGCCAGGAGUUCCCUGGGCCUGCACCACUGCCGGCAGCUGUUCAACAUGGGGCUGGGGCUGCCCGGGCCCACCCUGGACUUCUUCCUCAGCCUCAACAUGCCCAUCUUCCAGCUCUAUGGCAUGUCUGAGAGCACGGGGGUCCACUCGCUCUCCACCCAGAAGGACUUCCAACUGCUGAGUUGUGGGAAGGCUCUUCCUGGCACCCACACCAAGAUUCAGAAAAGUAAAGACGGCGUCGGGGACAUCCACAUUUGGGGCCGCAAUGUCUUCAUGGGGUACCUCAAUGAUGAGGGAAACACCCAACGGAAGAUUAACCUCCAAGGGUGGAUGUACACAAGUGACUUUGGCUUCUUGGACACUGAGGAAUUCCUCUACAUUUUGGGCAAUGCCAGGGGUGAGUGCGACAGAGAUAUCAUCACCCUCAGUUCAGGCGAGAAGAUCAACCCAGCCCCCAUUGAGGAGCGGGUGAAGCGGUACGUUCCCAUUGUUCGAUAUGUCAUGCUGGUGGGCCAGGAAGCCCCCUACCUGUGUGCCCUGCUCACACUGAAGUGCCAGCUCAACACAGACACGGGGGAGCCCCGCGACGCGCUGACCAGUGAGGUCGUGGCUGUCUGCCGGCAGCUCAAGAGCCAGUCCACCAGGCUGUCGGACAUCGUCUACAACAGGGACCCCGUGGUCAUGAACUUCAUCAGCCAGGGCAUAGAUGCUGCCAAUGCAGAGGCCACCUCAGACAGCACCAAGAUCAUGAAGUGGGCUCUCCUAGACAUGGACUUCUCCGUUUCUGGCGGGGAGCUGGGGCCAAACACGAAAUUGAAGAGGGCCGUGGUGGCCAAGAUGUACCAAGCUGAGAUCAAAAGCUUUUACAGCAAUGAUGGAGUGUAA